UAAAUUUAUUUUCCUAAGCGUGAGUCAUUGCCUCGUACUCACCGAGUCACGGUGAACUUCCUUUUCAGUGAACGAGUCACGCCCCCCAUUUCUUCCACGAAGUCCCUACGUUUGCCCUAACCCCUCGCCGCUCCUUGACGCCGUCGGUUAGCACUAACUUUUGGACAAUAAAACUGCUGUUGAAGGAUGGUUGAGCUUCUAUUUGACGAUAUUUUUAAGAUCGAGCGAUUAAACCCUGAUGGUAAAAAGUUUGAUAAAGUUACUCGAAUAGAGGCAAAGAGCGAGAAGUUUGACAUGUUCAUGCAUCUAGAUGUAAAUUCAGAGAUAUACCCACUGAAAGAAGGCGAGAAGUUCUCGAUGGCACUAGCUCCAACUCUGAAUCUUGAUGGAACCCCUGACACUGGAUAUUUUCUUCAGGGCAAUCGGAAGUCGCUUGCAGACAGAUAUGAAUAUGUCAUGCAAGGGAAGCUGUUCAGAAUUUCAGAAAGUUCUGGCCAUGGUGGAAAAGCUGAAAUAGAUGCUUCUUUUGGUGGACUUUUGAUGAUGCUGAAGGGAGAUCCCUCACAUUGCAGCAAGUUUGAACUUGACCAGAGGCUAUUUCUUCUCAUCAGGAAGGUGUGAAGCGACUUUCAUUUGAUUUGAACUCUAAUGAUUUGCUACAAAAGCUCUGGGCAUUGCAUAUCGCUAUCAAAUCUGUGAAUGUUUAGUAAUAUGUAUUGUUAGAAUCAAAUUUCUAUCUGUAUCUGAUUAAAGAUUGGGCAAUGAUCUUAUCUUCUGAACUAAAUUGAUAUCUUGCCUAUAAUGUCAUGAAUAGUAGCAGAACCUUUCAAGUUCUCGAAAACGGAGUUUGAGCAUGGUAGUUUGUAUAGUUUGUAGUGUUGUGCGGCCGUACCUGAACGGUUUUGGCAAGCUUGAUUUCUUUGCAGUUUGGGAGGGUGGAGACUGGCUAAUGAAAGAUUUAAUAAAUGACAGAUAUUUAAGAGGGUAUGAGAUUUGAACUUCUCACCUCAAAGUUGCUAUUAAA